AUGAAAAAGGCUGUGCAUAAGCUCUUUCCCAUAGCAAAGCCCAGUAAGCUCUGGUCAAACUUAAAGAAUGAGUUCACUAGCACCAUUGACGAAUUCUACAUCAACCUUGACGAACCGCACCACACAUGGAAACCCAACGACAAGAUCUCAGGAACCAUCAUCCUCAAGUUGAACAAGAACAUGAUGGAUAUCCACAUUGCGCUCUCGCUCUUGGGCCGUAUCAAGCUCAAGAACUACCCCGUCAACACCUCCAAAAAAAUCGACUUGUUCAACCACACGAUUCAAAUCUAUGGUGAGGACAACGCUAGCAACGGUUUGAGCAAGGGUGAGCACCGGUUUCCGUUCGUUGUCAAGCUCCCCGGCAAGAACCUCUACACAUCCGUUGACUUUGUCAAAGGCGCUAUCGCCUACUGCCUCCGGGCGUCGAUUCGGCGCACCGCCGCAUCUGUUUCGGCGGCCCCGUCACCACUGUCUGAUCCACCUGCACAAAAGGCGCCUACGUCACCGCUCUUGGUGUGCGAGCGCAGCCUAGCGAUCAUCAACCCAAUUAAUGUGGCCGCGCUACCCCCGCAACAGCCCAAAACCAUCGUGGUCAACCUCAAUUCUUCGCGGAAGUUGAUGCGAACAAUUUCUUCCUCAGCCACGGUCCACUCGAAUAGCUCCGUAGGGGUGCUCAGUGAGUCGCUUUCACCGGCCGCUCCGAGUGCCAACAUUGGACCCAGGGGGAAGCCGUUCAUCAAGAUUGCCAUAACCACGUCGGCCAGGGGGUAUCUCCGAGGUGAAGUCAUACCUAUAACCAUGACCAUAACCCACCCACAGGUCAAAGACGAACUCCGCUUGCCGAUUCCCCACACCAAUACCGGCGCAAUCCUCACGUUGGUCCGCAUCUGCCGCAUCUCCCCUCCCACCUCCACCUCCGCUGCCUCCGUUAUGAGCGAUACCGCCUCCACAAACGGCUCUGUCUCUCACCACAGUGAUAUCGACCCCAAAUACCAGAUCAACACUCCCUCGCCGGGCGUUCCGUCAACGCCACCAACGCCCUCCAUGUCUAUUGACAUCGAACAAACCUUCCGCAAGGACCUCACGCAGGUGAUUCUUCCGCUCUACAUUGACGAGAACUCCACGCAGACAGUCCUCAGAGCCAAUCUCAGGGUGCCUGUUGACGCGUUUCCGAACAUCUCUGCCCCAGGGGUUACUUUCGACUAUCUUGUCGAAAGCUGUGUGAAUUUGGCAGGAAAGAAACUCAUUCCCGACAGAGAACCAGCUGAUGAGAGCCGCAGUGAUCAGCAGAUGAGCGGUGUUAGUGGCUUGAGUGCAGGAACGCCCACCGCAGCUGCUCAAGAGGAUAGUUCUGCUACAAUUCUCAACACCGACCACUUGAGACGGAUUAAGGGGGUUGUCAGGGUCUGCUGCUCUGUGGUUAUUGGGACCGAGAGAAGGGAACGCAGGCUGAAAGCCAAGGAGUUGUCCCAAUCUCAGCAACAGUUGCACUCGGCCUCCGCAUCGCCGUUGGCUGAUCCGCUUCCUUUGUCGCCACAGUCUCCGGGAGUGAGGGUGGAGUCGCCGCUAAUCCCGAAGGCCACGCCCGACCUUGCGCCUCACUACUCGCAGGUGCCUCCAAGCCAUCUCCAUGAACCUCCCGGUCACUACGAGCAAGCUAUCCCAAUGCCUACCCAUGAACAGGGCCUUUCAGAGAAGGAGCUUCUUCGCCUUCGGGCCCAGAGCUUGAUGCCAUCACAGCCACCCGCAGCGCCAGCACCAGACUUACCACAUCUGGUGCCUACUGCUCCCUCUUUUCGCUUCAAUCAUAGCGGGAAUGCUAUCGGAAACGCUAAUGGCCUUGAUCUUAGCCAAGGAGCAGGAACCGCACCUUUCGAGCCUGUUGCAUCUGGUAACUUUGCGUGCGCGCCUGGGGUUCUUCCGGCCCCCUCGAAUAUCGGCAUCAGUGCGGUAGAUGACAAGAUAGAGCGCGAGCGUAUGAGGUUGCGAUACAUGGAGAGCAAUCCUCCGGCCAGUCUGGCAAGCAGCGGUAUGCCUUUUAACGAUAACCCGCCCAAUACCGUUACGUCCAACCAGUACUUUCAUACGGCUAUUUCUCCGCUGGCACCCCCUGCGCCGUCUCAAUAUAUGAUGCCACCUCGUGCUGUGUCUGAAUUGGGGUUCCCCGCUGCUAACGGUGCGGAGAGGUCCCAUACCGGGGCCAAUAGAUUCCUUUCCGACUUGGAGGGCGAGGAGGAGUUUGCUGAUAACGAAGAGGGCAUGGACUAUGUUCCGAUAUACGAAGAGACCCAAUCGCCGGUUCCGUCGCUGAACAAUCCCCUCGUGCUGCAACAGCUUUCAUAA